GGAAGAGCCGGGCCGCGAGCCUGGGCGGGGCAGGCGGGUGCCGCGCGUGCGCAGAGGUGUGGUCGGGAAGGUGUUCUGAGGCUGGUGUUGGAGGCGCGGCGCCCGGGAGGUGAGGAAAAAAGAAAAGUGGAAAUGUGGAAGCCAUAAAAUGUAAAACACAGGAGCUGUCAGCAGCCAUGUGUCCUGCCAUGUGGAACCAGCUGGUCUGCAAUGAAAAAGAAUGAAGUCAACAUGCGGAAAGCAGCAGAGAACCAUGUGUACCCAGUACUGCAUCUCCUUUGCUGAUGUUGAAAAAGCUCAUAUCAACAUUCGAGAUUUUAUCCACCUCACACCAGUGCUAACAAGCUCCAUUUUGAAUCAAGUAACAGGGCGCAAUCUUUUCUUCAAAUGUGAACUCUUCCAGAAAACUGGAUCUUUUAAGAUUCGUGGUGCCCUUAAUGCAGUCAGAUGCUUGGCUUCUGCCACUUCAGAAGAGAAGCCUAAAGCUGUUGUUACUCACAGCAGUGGAAACCAUGGCCAGGCUCUCUCCUAUGCUGCAAAAUUGGAAGGGAUUCCUGCUUAUAUUGUAGUGCCUGAAACAGCUCCCAACUGUAAAAAAUUGGCAAUACAAGCCUAUGGAGCCUCUAUAGUGUACAGUGAGCCGAGUGAUGAGUCCAGAGAAAAUGUUACAAAAAGAAUUAUGGAAGAAACAGAAGGAAUCAUGGUACAUCCUAACCAGGAGCCUGCAGUGAUAGCUGGGCAAGGGACAAUUGCCAUGGAAGUGCUGAACCAGGUUCCCUUGGUAGAUGCAGUGGUGGUACCUGUCGGAGGAGGAGGAAUGGUUGCUGGAAUAGCAAUUACAGUGAAGGCUCUAAGACCUAAUGUGAAGGUAUAUGCUGCUGAACCCUUGAAUGCAGAUGACUGCUACCAGUCCAAACUGAAAAGGGAGUUGACCCCCAAUCCCUAUCCUCCAGAAACCAUAGCAGAUGGUGUCAAAUCGAGCAUUGGCUCAAACACCUGGCCUAUUAUAAAGGACCUCGUGGAUGACGUCUUCACCGUUACGGAGGAUGAAAUUAAGUAUGCAACCCAGCUGGUGUGGGAGAGGAUGAAAUUGCUUAUUGAACCUACAGCUGGUGUUGGAGUGGCUGCUGUGCUGUCUCAGCGUUUUCAAACAGUUUCCCCAGAAGUAAAGAAUAUUUGUAUUGUGCUCAGUGGUGGAAACGUAGAUUUAACCUCCCUAACUUGGGUGAAGCAGGCUGACAGGCCAGUUCCUUAUCAAUUUGUUUCUGUUUAAUUUGUGCAAAAGGAAGAGAAGGGAUUCAGUGUCUAGAUACUUG